GACACGCCUCCUCCCCUCCGCCGCAACUGAUUGGCCAGCGAAGUCUCCGCGUUCGAUUUUGGAAGGCUCGCACAGGAGUUCUCUGCAAGUCUGGGGCCGAGGAUUGGCUGUUCUGGGGCUCCAAGCGCUUUCUCCCGGGAACCGUGGCUGCUGCGAUCGAGGUGGGCUGGCUCGGGGCUGCGUGUGGCCCGCUUUGGGCAACCAGAAGACUACAAUGGGCACCCCAGCCUCUGUGGUGAGUGAGCCACCCCUGUGGCAGGUUCCAAAUGAGGCCCGGAGCCGAAAGCAGGCCUCAGCCAACAUCUUCCAGGACGCCGAGCUGUUGCAGAUCCAGGGCCUAUUUCAGCGCAGUGGGGACCAGCUGGCCGAGGAGCGGGCCCAGAUCAUCUGGGAGUGUGCAGGGGACCAUCACGUGGCAGAAGCCCUAAGGAGGCUGCGCAGGAAAAGGCCCCCAAGGCAGAGGCCCCUUGUCCCAUCACUGCAUCACUGCAGCCGCCUCAGGUUACUCUCUGGCCUCCAUUUCUCCACUGCCUUCUCUGGGGCCCAUCAACCUGAACAGGUCAUCAGCUCUGGGAUGGAGAAUCCCAGAGCCUUGCUCUCCACCUGCCAAUCCACAGAGCAAUGCUACAGAGACAACCUCCAGCGAGCAACAGCAGAACUCCAGGAGGACAAGUGCCAGGACCAGGCGGAGCUGGAGAAAGCCUAGCCCCACAGGCUACCUUCACCAGAUCAGACACUGAUCCAGGGAAGAGGCCAAGAAUGGCAGGAUCUUCCCUAGGAGUCAUGGGACUUUUGCAAAAGGGCCUGGGGAGGUAAAGAGGGGAGACUGGAGGCAGGCAGCCCUACACAGGUGAACAAAAGGAAGAGGCCACUGCCUGCUCAACUGAGAACCGGACUGCACUAUCCACUGGGCUAUGCACUACAUGUCAGACUGUCACCACAGUGAGGAGAAAGCAACUGCUGUCUCAGACCUUCUUGACCUAACACUAUAUGGGCUGCAUGAUAUUUCCCUGGGAGUCAAGUGACAGGCACUCAGACGUAGCAUUCACCACUUCUGUCACUAACCAAUCCACUGGCUACUACCGUCACUCACAAUCCAGCAGCCUGUCCCACUCCCAUGCCAUCAGGCUGGCACAAAGAAACCACAGUUUUAAUUGGCAAAUAAAAACAUUUGCAUCACAAA